UUUCUCAGCUGCAACUGAAAAAAUCAAACCAAACCUAAACCAGUUGGCCGGUUUGAAAAUAAAUCUUUAUACAAUAUUCACACUUUGAUGUACUUGUUCCGUUAGUAACUUAUUUAUAAAAAAAUUAUUUGGAAAAUAGCGCUAUGCUUAAAAUUUUCGACCUUUCAAGAACAAUCGUUACAAAGACUCCCACUUUGAUCGGGUUUGCAUUACAGGUUCAAUAUCAAGUGGAAACCUAGACUUGAAAGUUAUAAUGGGAUCAAUGAAAUGUCCACACUGUUCGAAAACUUUCAAAGUGAAAUCUGACUUGAGCCGUCAUCUAAUCACUCAUGAUUCAGGCGCCGCAGUUAAGUGUGAAGUUUGUCGAAAAACUUAUAAAAAUCGUAUCGUACUAAAGACCCAUUUAAGGAUGGAGCACGGAAAUCGUAAAAAAAUAUAUCGCUGCACUAUUUGUCAUAAAGAAUUCUCCAGUUCCACAAGUAUCAAAAGACAUAUGGAGGCCAUUCACAACACGAAGCCUCGACCACGCCUGUCAUGAGCAUUUCCUGGCUGUGAGAAAUCAUUUCUGUACAAGACUGCCGUCACGCAGCACUUUGAGAUGGAGUAUACCGAGAAUCCUCGCCGAUUUCCGUGUGCCCUUUGUGACAAAAACUUUAAAUAUCGAGGUGAUUUAAAUCAUCAUCUUAAAUGCCACACGACAGAGAGGCCUUACAAGUGCGCCCCCUGUGGGAAGAGUUUUGUGAAGAAGAGUAAGUUAAUUAGGCAUCAGGGAACCCACUUGGAACUAUCGUCUAGAAAACUGUACAAAUGUCAGCUGUGCCAGAAAGAAUUUUCCUUGGUAGAAAAUUUACGAGCCCAUACGAAAAAUAUUCACAACACGAUGGAACGACCCCGAUUUCCAUGCACUUCAGACCACUGCGGCAGAAUAUUUUUGACCAAGGGUAGUCUUGUGAAGCACUUUAAAGUGGAUCAUUCCGAGAAUCCGGUCCGGUUUCCGUGCACCUUUUGCGAAAAAGAAUUUAAAUCAUGGCCAGAAUUGGACGUCCAUAUUCUUACCCACACUAAAGAGAAGCCCCACAAGUGUGCCACGUGUGAGAAGAGUUUCGCCCAGAAGACAAAGUUGCAUAGGCAUCAGGAAACCCAUCGAGAGAUAUCGUCUAGAAAAUUCUUCCUCUGUGAAUCCUGCCCACGCGAAUUUCUAAGCAAGCGUGGGAGAAGGUUGCACUUGGAACGUGAUCAUGGGAUUAAACCUACCAACCCCGCCAAAAUGGUUAGUAAGGAGCUCCGUCAUUUAUCCAACCGAUGCGCGUAUAAAAGUAAAAACAAGGCCGACUUGACGAAGCACUUCAACCGGGUGCACGGCGGAGUAAGGAAGGAGUAAGGAAAAAAGAAUGCUAUUUCUAUGGAAAAAAGUUCUUCGCUUUUUGUGACCUGGCCCUGCAUUGUAGAAGAGUACACACUAUGGAAAAAUAAUUUAAAAUGUGUUACUUAUGGCUGAAUUUCUAAAAGAAGAAACUAAUUUUUGAAAACUUGUCAAACAUCAGUGACCUCGAUAGGGGAUGAUGUGACCUAAAAUUCACGAUUAAUGGAGCCUUACCUGCAAGGUUAGAAUUUGAUCGCAAUUUUAUGGUCACCUGAACCCGAACGAGGUCAGUGAGGAGGAAUGAUGGUUGACAAGUUUUCAAAAAUUAUAGUUUCUUCUUUUAAAAUGCAACAAUAAUUGUGUGGAGUCAGAUUAGUAGAUUUUGCUCAAGUUACGCGAUUUGUUACUUAUUAUUAUUCAUUUGUGAGACUUCGGACCAACUUCACUAAUUAGCUAGGACACUGUUGUACAAAAUACUGGCAACCAUUAUGCUAAUUGUCAUGCACCGACUAAAUAAAGGCGAAAUACAGCAAAAGUUCAUGCAUA